CCGCGGGGAGGGGCCGAGCGGCCCUGAGGGGAGGAGAAACCUCAGCCCGCUGGACCGGCCGUGCCAUGGAGGACGUGCUGCCCUCGGGCCUGCUGGAGAUCUGCCUGCUGGUCGGUGUGCCCAGCGAGAGAGUGAGGUCCCUCCUCCAGAGUACUCAAAGAAAACCCAAAAGUCUUCCUCCUCUUGAUCCAGAAGUUCUUUCUGUAUUUGUGCCUCCAUUUAUCAGCAGAGAUGACAUUCAAGUGAUUAAUGCUGGUAAUAACCUCAAUAAAAGUAAACGCCGGUCUUUCCGAAAGAAAAAAGAGAGGCCAAAGCUUGAAAAUGUCAAAAGUCUCAACGGGGAGCAGAAAGAACCUGACACUGAAGAUAUUGCAGUUCCAAAGGACAUUGAUCUUAUUGGUUUGCCACAGCUGUGCUUCCCAGGAGGACUUUGUGUAACUUCUGAACCAAAAGAAGACCACAUUCAUUUCCUGGUCUUCACAGAUGUCUGUGGUAACAGAACAUACGGGGUUGUUGCACAGUACUACCAGCCUAUGCAAGAUGGCUGCAUUUCCUCAAAUGGACAGACCCGUUGGGAGUCUGGGCAGACUGGGAAGACACCUGUCUGCUUCGUACCUUUCGCUGUUUGUGUUAUAUCCAGAUAUCCGUAUUUUAAUGCCCUCAAGGAUUGUCUCUCUUGCUUUCUAGUGCAGCUGCGACCUUUCAAGGAUUUAGAUGUUGAGGAGCACAUCAAAGAAUUUGCAGCAAAGUUGUUUUUAAUACCCAGCCCACCACCAGGACCACUCCACUUGGUAUUUAAUAUGAAACCACUUCAAAUAAUAAUUCCUUCACGAGAGGAUCCGGACAGUCCAAUUAUUGACUUGGAUCUUCAUCUUCCAUUGCUGUGUUUCAAGCCAAAGCAGGUGCUGCAGAUCCUGACCUGUAUUUUGACUGAGCAGAGAAUCGUUUUCUUCUCUUCUGACUGGGCUCUGCUGACCCUCAUUGCUGAAUGCUUUAUGUUGUACCUUCAUCCUCUUCAAUGGCAGCACACUUUUGUGCCUAUUCUGUCUCGUCACAUGCUGGAUUUUGUAAUGGCCCCAACAUCUUUUCUUAUGGGAUGUCAUACUGAUCAUUUUGAAGAAGUUAGCAUGGAAACUGAAGAUUUAAUUCUAAUUAAUAUAGAUAAUGGAGAUAUUACACAUUCAAAAAUGGCUGAAGAGCCACCUGAAAUUCCAGAUGUUCCAGCACAAGCAGCAGAAGCUUUCAUGAAAAGAGUGGAGAGUCUUCAGCUGCAUUAUGAUCUAGAGCUUUGCCAUCUCCGAGCCAGCACAGAUCUUAGUGGACUCCAAAUGCGUCGAAGGGCUUGGCAACAGAAGCUUAACACUGAAGUUCAGCAAACGACUUUGCAGCUGGUUGUUAACAUCUUCACGGAGGUAAAAGACCAUCUAAAUUAUGAACACAGAGUGUUUAACAGUGAAGAAUUUCUGAAAACAAGGGCAGUUGGAGACCAGCCGUUUUACAGAAAGGUUUUAGAGACCUACAUGUUUCACUCUUUUCUUAAAGCUCGUCUGAACAGAAAGAUGGAUGCUUUCGCUCGGCUGGAGUUGAGUACCCAGUCUGAAGAGGACAGGUUAAACCUGAUGUUCCAUACCCCGAGAAGACUGACCAUGGAGAAAAUGGCUUCUAAAAGGUUGAACCCAGAGUACAAGAUCAACAGGAGGAUGGUUAUCAGCAUGCCCAAUCUGCAAGACAUCAAGCUGCCAGAGGGCCCUACUAGAAAUUCCUCCCUUCGAAGGAUAGAAACAGGUGUUGCUGUGAAAAUGCCCCCCAAAACAAUCAGUACCUUCAAAAUCCCAGAGAUCCACUUCCCUCUGAUGUCCCAGUGUGUUCACUCCUACUACACAGACUUCUUCAACCACCUCAGCAGAGCUAUCAACACCUUACCCCCGGAUAACUCAGCCUUGCUGGCAAGGUACUUCUACCUCAGGGGCCUUAUUAGCCUGAUGCAAGGAAAACUGCUAAAUGCCCUUUCAGACUUUCAGAACCUAGAUAAAACAGACUUAAGGAUCUUCCCUACUGAUCUGGUAAGAAAAAUAGUGGAAACCAUGUCCCCCAGUGAGCGUCUGCAGGCAGAACGCAGAGCCGAGCUCAAGAAGCUGCUGAGCCGAGUGAUGGACAAGCAGCGAGAGCUUCCGAAAGCAGACGACCACGUCAAGAAGUUUGAGCUGCCAAAAACACACAUGCAACUGGAUGAUUUUGUCAGGAGGAUCCAGGAGUCUGGGAUUGUCAAAGAUAUAGACACUAUACAUCGCUUGUUUGAUGCCCUGACAGUAGGCCAUCAGAAACAAAUCGAUCCUGAAACGUUCAGAGAUUUCUACAACUACUGGAAAGAAACUGAAGCAGAAGCUCAAGAGGUGAAUCUGCCACCGACAGUAAUAGAGCACCUAGAUAAAAAUGAGUGUGUCUACAAGUUAUCCUGCUCAGUUAAAACUAAUUAUGGUGUAGGAAAAAUAGCUCUGACCCAAAAGCGCUUGUUCCUUCUGACUGAAGGAGGACGUCCUGGCUAUGUGCAGAUUGCUGCUUUCAGGGAUCUAGAGGAUGUUAAGAGCACGACUGUAGCUUUCCUGCUUCUGAGAAUACCUACUCUGAGGAUUAAAACAUUAUCUAAAAAAGAAGUCUUUGAAGCUAACCUUAAAACUGAGUGUGAUCUCUGGUACCUGAUAGUGAAAGAAAUGUGGGCUGGGAAGAAAAUGGCAGAUGAUCACAAGGAUCCUCAGUACAUUCAGCAAGCCCUAACAAACGUCCUGCUGAUGGAUGCUGUUGUUGGUGCCCUGCAGUCCUCCAAAGCCAUAUAUGCAGCCUCCAAACUGUCCUAUUUUGACAGGAUGAAAAAUGAAGUGCCUAUGAUGGUUCCCAAAACAACUUCAGAGACAUUAAAACACAAGAUCAACCCCUCAGCUGGUGAGACCUUUCCACAGGCAGUUGAUGUCUUGCUUUACACACCAGGACAUCUUGACCCUUCAGAAAGACCUGACAAUGCUCAUCCCAAGCUAUGGUGUGCUUUAAAUGAGGGCAAAGUGGUGGUCUUUGAUGCAUCCACCUGGUCUAUUCAGCAACACUGCUUCAAAAUGGGCCGUUCUAAACUGACCUGUAUGAUCAUGGUAGAGCAGAGUCAGGUGUGGAUUGGUUCCCAAGACUCCAUUAUUUACAUCAUCAACACUCACAGCAUGUCUUGUAACAAGCAACUGAAUGAUCAUCGUUCUGAUGUUACAGACAUCAUUGUGGAGAAGAAGAAUGGAAUAGCCAGUGAAGCAUAUUCCAGCAGUUUAGAUGGAACAGUGAUUGCCUGGAACAUCAGCACUCUCAAGGUUAACCGUGUCUUCCAGCUGCCCUGCCAAAAUCUCACUUCUAUCAAGCUCCACAACAACCAGCUCUGGUGCUGUACUGGAAGCUGCAUCCUUGUCGUGUCAGCUCGGGAAUUUCAACCCCAGAUGAAAAUUGAGCAUCACCUGAAGGACCCAUGUCGCUGUUUUCUCUGCUUCCAGCUCUUCCCUGAGAGAGAUGAAGUGUGGGCGUCUUACUCGGGCAGCACUGACCUCUAUGUCUGGAACACCAAAGACUCCUCAAGUGCACCUCAAAAGAUUCACCUCCAAGACUGCUCUGAGAUUACUUGUAUGAUAAGGGUUAAAAAUCAGAUGUGGGUUGGCAGCAGCAGCAGCAGAGCCCAAGGCAAAAGCCAAGGGAAGAUCUACGUGGUGAGUGCCGAGAGGAAGGCUGUGGAGAAGGAGCUGGUGGGGCACGGGGCGGCGGUGCGGGCGCUGUGCUCAGCCGAGGACAGGUACGUCCUCAGCGGCUCGGCCGGGGCCGAGGGCAAGAUCGCCAUCUGGAAAGCAGAGUAGCUCAGCUCUGCAAGGCCUGUGCUGGAGGGAAGGGAACACCUCAGGCCCUGCUUGCUGCAGCGUUGUGCAUCUGUUUGAGCCACCUGUCAGUGUUAUUUGUGUUGGUGAAGUUAUUCGAGUCCCUGCCUUGCCGUAGGAAAUGGAACUGGAAAGGAAUCUCUCCUCACACCUUGUCCUGAGGUGAAAUGUGACUAAGAGGCUUGGAAGUGGCUGGUAGUGUGAAGGUUCCAGGCCAGCCUGCACGGGGCAGCAGCACUGAAUCACACACUCCCAUGAUGGUGGUGGCUGGAAGGGCCCUGCAGAACUCAUCCAGCCCAACCCCCUUCCCCUGGCUCAGGGGGCACAGGAAUGUGUCCGGGGGGGGUUUGGAACUCUCCUGAGAAGGAGCCUGUUGCCCUGAGGGGGCCAAAGGCAGCUCUAUCAUCCCCCAGGAGCCUGUUCUGAGGGCACAGAUGGCCUGGGAAGGGGGAUUCCAUACUCUGUGCAGCCUGGAACAGCUGGAUGUGGGCACCCCAAGGAGAAAGCCAAGUGCAUGGGUUGGAUUGAUGGAGUCUCUUCCCCCAGCAGCAGCUGGACUGAGCUGGGAGCAGUGUCCCUUACCCCUGCACAUCUAGUUAUGGUGCUGUAUUUAAAAUGUGGGUGCAGAUGUGCUCUCCCUGAUAGCACUGAACCCUUCCUGCUGCUGAAACAAGACACUCGGCUCUUCUUCAGGCCUCUGACUUCCUGUAAAGCCCAUAUGCAGCACUGGGGCCUUUGUGUGUGAAACUCAUUGUCCUUGUUUUCAUCUGAAGCACUUAAUUUAUUGAAUUCCUGGAUCAGUGACACUUGCUUUUGGAAGCAACCUCUCAGUUACUGUGCCACCAAACCCCUGCCACUGCUCCCUUCAGUCCUGCACCCAGGGGAGCUGCUCUUGCUCCGGGUAAAACCUGCAGCAUGUGGAAGCUCUGCAGAGCCAUCCAGUCCCCCCAUCCUCCCUCAGCUCCUGGUGCUGGCCAGUGGGUGUUUCCCCUGCUGACAAUCCUCAGUGACUAAUUCCGUCCCUCUCUGCACAACACUGUUCUCUGCUUCAGGGCUGAGUAAAGCACAAUUGCAACAGUUAGAGCAGUGGAAAUAGAAGGAAAAAAGCCCUGGGCUGCUGCUGGGGUGACUAAAGAUCAACAAGGAGUUGGAAAAAUAUUCCCUGGUGAUUUCUGACUCUCUCCUGGUGCAGAUGAAAGGUUUUAUCAUAUGAUGGCACCUGAAAAUUUUACCUUUUUAGGGCCUUUUUUUCCCAGUUAAGACUA